GUACACUGGGCAACAACACACAUGUUACCUUUGUUGUAGUUCCGUAACAAAAUGUACCUCGUUACCUGUGUAUUUCUUCUACAUUGUACAUCUAUUCUGGGUAGUAAUAUAUUAGGAGUGUUCAUAUUUCCCCCGAUAAGCCAUCAAAGUGUUUUCCAAUCAAUAUGGAAAGAACUUUCCUUGAGAGGUCACAACGUGUGUGGUGUGGUAACACCUGAUCCUUUAAACGAUCCUUCUUUAAUUAAGGUAAUCUAACAGAAAUCAGUAUUCGUUUCACUUAUGACCUCUUAAAACCCGCCGCAUUACAAGAACUCUUAUCAAAAGAUUCCAACGUUUUUCAGAGGUUUGCUGCUACGGGCCGUUUCUCAGAUAGUCUUGUAGAAGCCCAAAUGAACAGUACUGGGUUCAAAGAACUAAUAGCUAACAAACAUACUUAAUCAUUUCAAUUUGGUAUUAGUGGAAAAUGUUUAUCCCGUUAUGUACGCCUUAGCAGACAGAUUCAACGCAUCCAUCAUUGGAGUUUCGGCUCUAGGAUUCGUAGCGGUUAGCGGUACCAUUCUUGGUAAUCCCGCACACCCAGUACUAUACCCAGACUUGCUAUGGGGCGUCUACAACAUCGAUGAUGUUGUAAUACCAAGAGUACAUAACAUCGCAAAAAAAUACAUUAGACAGAAUUUACGGUACCUAGGAGAUCUCGAGACGGGCCAAAACAUGCUUUCUCUCAACGUAAAUCCUGUGUUGUACCCGUUAAGGCCCACUGUACCCGCUAUGGUUGAAAUGGGACAAAUGCACAUCCAACCAAUGAAACUGCUUCCUCAGGAUUUGCAAGAAAAACUAGACGGUGCCACUGAUGAUAAAAAACUGAGAAAUACUAUAAGGGAAGCUUUAUCUGAACUACCUUAAAAAGUUCUGUGGAAAUGGGAGUCCGACUAUUUACGUGGAAAACCAAAGAAUGUGGUCACAAGAGACUGGUUUUCCCAACAAGACCUUCUUGGUUAGCACUAAUCUUAAUUUUCUUAAUUUGAUAAUUUCUUUGUAGCACAUCCAAAUAUUCGUGCCCUUUUCACACAGGGUGGUCUUCAAUCCAUUGAAUAAGCAGUCUCUAGAGGGGUACCCCUCAUUGGGAUGUCAGUCCCUGGCGAUCAACCAUCGAAUGUCCAAAAAAUCAUAGAAAUAGGGAUUGGACUGGGUCUUGAUCCAAGUACUGUGACCAAGGAGGAACUCAAAAAUUCUAUAAUUGAUGUUGUCGAAAACAACAAAUACAGCACACGAAUCCGGGAAAUUCGUCACCUGUUGUACGACAAGCCAUUGACUGGGCUGGAAAAGGCUGUCUGGUGGUCUGAGUACGUUCUCAGACAUGAAGGGGCCACACAUCUGCGAAGUCCGGCUGCUGAUUUUUCCUGGUUUGAAUAUUUAAUAGUGAAAGUGGUCUUAGGAUCAGCUGCACUGAUUAGUGUUGUUAUUUAUCUCUUGUACAAAGU